AUGGCUCGAGACGAGAGCAUCUCUCUCCAUGAGACGCAGCCGCCAGCCGUCGGCGACCAAGUGUCCCACAAUACAGAAGCAGAAGAACCCAGCCUCGAUCAACGCGAUUCAAGACAGUGGGAAUCAAAUAGGAAGAGGGCUUGCGUUCUCGUAGGCUCCUCGAUAUUACAACUUCCGAUCUGGGGCUUCGCUAUGAAUUAUGGCGUCUUCCAAGAAUACUAUUCUAGCAACUGGACGCUGGAAGGGAGUCGUGAAGUCACCGGUAUUAUCGGCACAACCUGCAACGGCGUCAUGUACCUCUCCAUGCCUUUCUUAUUCGCGCUUUUCACAAGACGAUGGGCCCGUUGGCGCCAGACAGCAGCUUUGUGUGGUGCUGCGCUUACAUGCGUCAGCUUCCUACUGUCCUCCUUUAGCACUCAUGUAUGGCAUUUGGUUGCUACGCAAGGAGUCAUGGCAUCGUUAGGGUGUGCUCUCAUCUACAGCCCGGCCACGCUAUCUCUUGGUGAAUGGUUCAAUACUAGCAAUCGAGCUGUGGCGUAUGGAGUUGUCCUAUCUUGCAAAAACAUCGUAGGAUCUGCUUGUACGUUUCUAUUGCGGGUCCUUCUUGAUCGCUAUGGCUUUCGUAUCACGUUGAGGAUAUGGGCAUCUAUUGCAGCCGGAACUAGCAUUCUCGCAAUAUUCUUGAUACCGGCCCACCCUUCGAGGAUAUGCUCGAGCAGUCAUCGGACACGGAAGAUUCCCUGGCAGUUCCUCAAACACCGGACCUUCUACAUCUACGCCAUCGCCAGUAUACUUCAAAGCUCUGGAUAUGGCAUUCCACAAACAUACCUAAACACAUACGCCCACGAAGUCACUUUACUAUCUCAGACCUCGGCCACCCUUUUGCUCACCCUAUUCAAUAUCCCUGGCAUCGUCUCCUCGUGCUUUUUCGGGUAUCUGAGCGACAACAAGCGCUUCCCCCUUUCGGCCGCGACUGUAACCGCUAUAUGUGCCUUCAGCUCUGCUUUGUCCGCUUUCUUCCUCUGGGGCCUGACGUCUCAAGGUAGCAUGGCGCUUUUGGUAUUGUUCUCCAUGACCUUUGGUUUCUUCGCCGGCGGCUAUAGCGCUACUUGGGGAGGCGUUAUUAACGAGAUGGAAAGCGAAGCGGCGCAGAGGAAUGAAGCUAUCGACACGGGAAUGCUGUAUGGUCUGUUAAAUGGAGCGAGGGGCAUUGGAUAUGUGAGUGGUGGGCUUGCUGGUGUGCCACUGCUCAAGGCCGGAAGCACGGCCUCGCUGGGAGGGUUUGGCUAUGGGACAGCUUACGGGCCUCUUAUCAUAUUCACGGGGCUCUCGUCAGUGUUUGGCGGUUGGGGAUUGCUGUGGAAGUGGAAGAAGUUGCUGCAUUUGGCGUGA